AUGACACCUGAGCUGCAAAAGCAGCAUGAGAAUAUGGAUGCUACUGCCAUUACUCUACAGCUCCAAGAGCUUUUCGAAGAAAAUGCUCGACAUGAGAGGUACAAGGUGUCAAAAACACUAUUUGGAAGUCGCAUGACUAAGGGAACCGAAGUUAGCCUUCUUGUGCUGAAGAUGAUAGAGCAUAUAGAGAGGCUUGAGACUUUGGGUAAAGGAAAAAGUAAGGGCAAGGGUAAGGCCAAGGCCAAACCCAAGUCCAAGCUCAAAGGACAGGGUGCUCUUAAGCCUAAGAGUGGCGUUGGGAAGGGCGGGAAAGUAAUUUGCUUCUAUUACGGCAAGCUUGACCAUUGGAGAAAGCACUACAAGACUUUCCUCGCCAGCAAGAAAAAGUCAGAGGCUUCGACUUCAGAACCCGAAUUGGGAAGUCAUGUGACGUUAACUAUGGGAAACCCUGGUCAAGCCACUGCUUCUUUAGUAAAGUUAUUUGAGUCUUAUCGGGAAAACCCAGAUGUAACGAUUAAUACUUUGAGUUUUGAUAUGUUGGGUAUUGUUAAGGGUUUAGGGUUUGACAAGAAAUGUGACUUGGCGUUGAGUGUGUUUGAGUGGUUUAGGAGUCGUAAAGAUUGUGAGUUAGUCUUGAAUGGUCGUGUUAUAGCUAAUAGUUUGCAUAAAGAUGGGAUUGAUAUUGAUGUUUAUGCUUAUACUUCAUUGAUAAGUGCUUAUGCUAGCAAUGGGAUGUAUAGGGAGGCUGUGAUGAUGUUCAAAAAGAUAGAGGAGGAGGGGUGUAAACCUACUUUGAUAACUUACAAAGUGAUUUGA